UGUCCUAAUUGAUAUAAAAUAUUCUGCGUUUAUGUAUAUUCUUUAUUCAUUACUUUAAACACAAUGUGUACUUUAUACUGAAUAUUGAUUGAUGUGCUUUUAACACAUGUUGGUCCUAACAUAACAUAACCUAGUUUUUUCAUAAACAUUCGUGGCAGAUUGUAAGCGAUAUAAGCGAUUGUAAGCGAUAUAAGAGACUUUUCAUUAUGUAUUCUAUAUGUAAAAGUACUCAUCCUGCGACCGGAGUCGAACAUGCAAUCACUUGUCAUUUUUUCAAUCGUAUUGAAAAAUGUCUGGUUGUUGCCGGUGCGAAUGUUAUACGUGUUUUUCGCCUAAUUCCGGAUAUCGAUGUGACAAAAAAGGAGAAAUAUACAGAAACACGCCCUCCUAAGAUGAAGUUAGAAUGUUUGGCACAAUAUACUUUGCAUGGAAACAUUAUGUCCAUGCAGGCUGUCCAUCUUAUUGGAUCACAAAGGGAUUCUUUACUAUUGAGUUUUCGUGAUGCAAAACUGUCUGUUGUAGAAUAUGAUCAGGAUAUUCAUGAUCUAAGGACUGUAUCCUUGCAUUAUUUUGAAGACGAAGAAAUAAGAGAUGGAUGGACAAACCAUCAUCAUAUACCUAUUGUGAGGGUAGAUCCUGAAGGAAGAUGCGCAGUAAUGUUAAUAUAUGGUAGAAAAUUAGUUGUACUACCAUUUCGUAAAGAUCCUAGCCUUGAUGAUGGUGAUUUGCUUGAUACUGCAAAAUUUGCAUCCUCCAAUAAAACUCCCAUCUUAUCUUCAUAUAUGAUAGUAUUAAAAACACUGGAAGAAAAAAUGGAUAAUGUGAUAGAUUUACAGUUUUUACAUGGAUAUUAUGAACCUACAUUAUUAAUUUUAUAUGAACCAGUGAGAACAUUUUCAGGGCGCAUUGCAGUAAGACAGGACACUUGUGCAAUGGUUGCCAUAUCUCUGAACAUUCAGCAAAGAGUUCAUCCCAUCAUUUGGUCCGUUUCUAAUUUGCCAUUUGAUUGUUAUCAAGCUGUGCCUGUGAAGAAACCACUAGGUGGUACAUUGAUAAUGGCAGUCAAUUCACUUAUUUAUUUGAACCAGAGCAUUCCACCUUAUGGAGUAUCGCUUAACAGUUUAGCAGACACGAGUACAAAUUUCCCACUGAAACCACAAGAUGGAGUGAAGAUAAGUUUGGAAGGAGCCCAGGUUGCAUUUCUGUCAGCAGAUCGUUUAGUCAUCUCCUUGAAAAGUGGAGAACUAUACGUUUUGUCUCUUUUUGCUGACAGUAUGCGAUCUGUGCGUGGAUUUCACUUUGACAAGGCUGCCGCUAGUGUAUUAACAUCAUGCGUGUGCAUGUGCGAGGACAAUUAUCUCUUUCUUGGCUCUCGACUCGGUAACUCACUGUUAUUACGAUUCACGGAGAAAGAACCAGAAACUGUAAGAAGUCUGAACGAUGGCGAGAUUAACAUCGAAGAUGAGAGCGAGGAAACUCCGGCUAAAAAAGCGAAGCAUGAUUUCCUCGGUGACUGGAUGGCAUCCGAUGUGUUAGACAUUAAAGAUCCAGAAGAAUUGGAAGUGUAUGGCAGUGAAACGCAUACAUCCAUUCAAAUCACUUCAUAUAUUUUCGAGGUGUGCGAUAGUCUGUUAAAUAUCGGACCGUGUGGAAAUAUUUCCAUGGGAGAACCAGCUUUUCUGUCGGAAGAAUUCGUACACAAUCAAAAUCCCGAUGUAGAGCUCGUGACGACGUCUGGGUAUGGUAAAAACGGUGCGCUGUGUGUACUUCAACGUUCCAUACGUCCUCAGGUCGUGACAACGUUUGAACUACCAGGUUGUGAGGACAUGUGGACUGUCAUUGGUACAUUAAAUAAUGAUGAGCAAGUCAAAUCAGAAACAGAAGGAUCUCACGCUUUCUUAAUAUUGAGCCAAGAAGAUUCUACUAUGAUAUUGCAAACUGGUCAAGAAAUCAAUGAAGUAGACCAGAGCGGAUUCAGCACACAAGGAAGCACAAUAUUCGCCGGAAAUCUUGGUGUCAAUAGAUACAUAGUGCAAGUCACUCAAAUGGGAGUGCGUCUCUUGCAAGGCAUCGAACAAAUCCAACAUAUGCCCAUAGAUCUUGGCUGUCCAAUUGUACAUGCGAGUUGUGCCGAUCCAUACGUAACGUUACUUUCGGAAGAUGGACAAGUGAUGCUGUUGACACUCAGAGAAGUUAGAGGCACAGCGAAAUUGCACGCACAGCCCGCAAAUUUAUUGUUUCGUCCGCAGAUAGAGGCAUUAUGCGCUUACAGAGAUGUAAGUGGGAUUUUUACGACACAAUUGCCCGAAAGUGCAGAAGACGAGCAUCCUGAAGAGGAGCAUAACGUAGAAGAACCGUCGAUAAUCGGCAAUAUCGAUAACGAGGAUGAUCUCUUGUAUGGCGACGCACCGGCAUUUCAAAUGCCCGCACCGUCGUAUCCAAAAACGGACGGAACCGCAAAGAAAAUGCCUUGGUGGCAGAAGCACUUGCAAGAAAUUAAACCUACUUACUGGUUAUUCGUAUACAGAGACAGCGGCACACUGGAGAUUUAUUCGUUACCUGACUUACGAUUGUCUUACCUCAUUCGCAACUUCGGCUACGGCCAGUACGUGUUACACGAUAGCAUGGAAUCUACGACUCUGCAAUCGGCACUAGUCAACGAGACCCCCAACCCCGAAAUGCAGGUUCGUGAGAUCUUGAUGGUCGCUCUGGGACAUCAUGGAAACCGCCCUAUGCUCCUGGUACGUCUCGACUCGGAGUUACAAAUUUAUCAAGCUUACAAGUAUCCAAAGGGGCAUCUAAAGCUGAGGUUUAAGAAAUUAGAUCACGGCAUUAUCCCAGGACAUUUGAGCCGGAAACCAAAAGAGGAAGAUAUGCCAACUAACACGAGCGCAACACGCAUCUGUAUGAUGCGUUAUUUCAGCAAUAUCGCCGGGUAUAACGGAGUAUUCAUAUGCAGCGAUUAUCCACACUGGAUAUUUUUAACGGGGCGCGGUGAACUUCGCACACAUCCGAUGGGCAUCGAUGGCUCUGUCACGUCUUUCGCCGCUUUUAAUAACAUUAAUUGUCCACAAGGUUUUCUAUACUUUAACAGGAAGGAGGAGUUGAGAAUAUGCGUUUUACCGACUCAUUUGUCUUACGACGCACCAUGGCCAGUUAGAAAAGUACCAUUACGAUGUACACCGCAUUUCGUUACGUAUCAUCUCGAGAGCAAAACUUAUUGCGUCAUAACUAGCACAGCGGAACCUUUGAAAAGCUAUUACAGAUUUAAUGGCGAAGACAAGGAAUUUACAGAAGAGGAGCGUCCGGAAAGAUUUCUUUAUCCGUCCCAAGAACAAUUUUGCAUCGUAUUAUUCUCUCCAGUUUCAUGGGAAACUAUUCCCAAUACGAAAAUCGAGUUGGAUCAAUGGGAGCAUGUGACUUGCCUGAAAAACGUGUCUCUAGCAUACGAAGGAACGAGAUCCGGUCUGAAGGGUUACAUAGUAUUGGGAACAAAUUACAAUUACGGCGAAGAUAUCACCAGUAGGGGUCGGAUAUUUAUAUUUGAUAUCAUCGAAGUAGUACCUGAACCAGGUCAGCCAUUAACGAAAAAUAGAUUCAAGCAGAUCUAUGCGAAGGAACAAAAAGGUCCUAUAACUGCUAUAACACAAGUAUCCGGAUUUUUAGUAUCAGCUGUUGGUCAGAAGAUAUAUAUUUGGCAGUUGAAAGAUAACGACCUUGUUGGAGUUGCAUUUAUUGAUACUCAGAUCUAUAUUCAUGAAAUGCUAAGCAUAAAAAGUCUGAUUCUGAUAGCAGAUGUAUAUAAAUCGAUUAGUUUGCUAAGAUUUCAGGAGGAAUACAGGACGCUUUCCCUCGUCAGUAGAGUGAGUAGUAGUGUCAGUACAGACUUUAGACCAGCAGAAGUGUACACGAUAGAAUAUUUAAUUGAUAAUACAAGUCUAGGUUUUUUCGUCGCUGACGGAGAAAAUAAUUUAGCUCUAUUUAUGUAUCAACCGGAGUCCAGAGAGAGCCUCGGAGGCCAAAAAUUAAUUAGAAAGGCGGAUUUUCAUUUAGGGCAAAAAAUAAAUACCUUCUUCCGUAUCAGGUGUAGAGUCACCGACCUUGCGAACGAUAAGAAGCAUUUUUCUGACGCUGACAAGAGGCACGUUACAAUGUUUGCAUCGUUAGAUGGGAAUCUUGGUUAUGUUUUGCCAGUACCGGAAAAAACAUAUCGGAGGUUACUUAUGUUACAAAAUGUGCUGGUGACGCAUAUUUGUCAUAUCGCCGGCUUGAAUCCAAAAGCAUAUCGCACGUAUAAAAGUUACAUACGAAAUCAAGGUAAUCCAGCAAGAGGCAUUAUUGAUGGCGACUUGGUUUGGCGCUACCUUUUCUUACCCAAUAAUGAGAAAGCAGACGUAGCCAAGAAAAUCGGGACGCGCGUCCAAGAGAUUAUCGAAGAUAUUACGGAAAUCGAUCGACAAACAGCCCACUUUUAGACACAGUUGUAUUAUAUUUAAUUAGAGUUUUAUAUUAUUUUUGUACCAAUUACCUGAGGGGAAUAGUAUAGAUCUUUGUCGCAUAUCAAAACGAAAUGUUAAAUGCACAUAACAGUAUGUACGUCUUGAAGUUGUAGGAAUUUUACUUCAGUUGUUUAAUUCAAACAUUGCGUCGACAAAAACAUCAUUGAACUUAAAUUUAUGAUGCUUUAACACAAUACAAGUGUAGUUUAUAUAUUUACUUAUACAAAACGAUAAUACUUUAUAGUAGUUUUGGCUAGAUAAAAAUAAAAUAAAAAUAAAUUGACAAAGUAUUUAUCACAGACAUACACACACAUAUAUAUAUGUAACAAGAUUUUAAGCGAUUGAGAUAUCAGCAUUAUUGUGCAUGAGAGAGAAAGACAUAUCUUCUCAAAUGCGUCGGUCUUUUGCAUUAUCCAUCACUCCCAGACGAAGCAUUGUCGAGCGACGGGUAACUAGACGAGAAACUCAAAGAUGUAUGUAGCACUUGAAGAUCUUGUAAUUAUAUAUAUACUAUAAAUAUGUAAAAAAAUAUUAAAUUUUUCAAAUUUUUUAAGAUAUGUAUAAACGAUGAUUGUAAUUGCAUAACAAAUACGAUGUAGUAAGUACAAGUUUCGAAAUUAUAUGACAAAUCAGUGUUACUUAUUGAUCAAACAAUUUAUGAGCUAUGAAAGCUGAUCGUGUCAAGAGAGUUUCGUAAAUAUACUGUUUACUUUUUAUAUUUUGUAAGUUGGAUUUCUUUUUAUAUAUCAGUAAGUACCUCAGUAUGCAUGUAUGCGUGUGUGUAUAUGUA